AUGGAGGCAGACGAGCAGCUAUUUCCCAUCGCCAUUCUCAUCGAUGAGCUCAAAUCAGACGAUGUCACGCUGCGCUUGAAUGCCAUCCACCGCAUCUCCACCAUCGCUCUUGCGCUUGGUCCAGAGCGUGCUCGUGACGAGCUCAUUCCAUUCCUCCAGGACUCGCUCGAUGACGAAGACGAGGUUCUGCUCGCUCUGGCACAAGAGCUCGGUUCCGGUUUUGUAGAAUACUUGGGAGGCCCAUCAUAUGCACACCUCCUUCUCGGUCCUCUCGAGAACCUCGCCGCAGUGGAGGAGAGCGUGGUCCGUGAAAAGGUAAGUCACACAGCAGCAGCAGCCAAACGCAGCCAUGUCGACGGCUGUCAUUCUGGCCGUCGAAUACACCGCUUCAAGGGCUUGCAUUCUAGGUCGAGAGCAUAUUUCGGCGUCUCGGCCUGCUCCUCGUCUGCUCGACUCAGCACUGACUUCCGCGCUACUCCGCCCACAUUUACAUCAUUACAGGCAGCUGAAUCGAUCGUCAAGAUCGCCGAGGUUCUUUCGGAAGCUCAGAUUGAAGAGCACUACAUCCCGCUUCUGAAGCGACUCUCCGGCGGCGAUUGGUUCACAUCGCGAACUAGCUCCACCUCCCUCUUCUCUGCCGUCUACCCGAAAGCAAAGCCCGCCACACAAGACGAGCUCCGCAAGAUGUUCACUGCCCUCUGCAACGACGAUACCCCCAUGGUCCGACGAGCCGCCGCCCGUGAUCUCGGCCCAUUUGCAAAGAACCUCUCCAAGGAGCUCGUCGUCUCGGACAUCAUCCCGCUCUACCGAAAGCUCUCGUCGGACGACCAGGACUCGGUACGUCUGCUCACUGUGCAGGAUCUCAUCGCCAUCGCCGAAUCGCUCAACCACGACGAGUCCAAAAACUAUCUGUUGCCGUCCAUCCGCAGCGCGGUUCAGGACAAGAGCUGGAGGGUACGAUACAUGGUUGCGGAUCACUUCGUCAAGCUCGCUUCGGCCGUGGGUGAGGAUGUGGUGCGGGACGAGCUUGUUAUGGCGUUCGUUCACUUGCUCAAGGACAACGAGGCCGAAGUACGAACGGCAGGCGCCGGCCAAAUCCCCGGUUUCGCCAAGCUGGUUGACCAAGACAUCAUCCUGGCGCGUCUCAUGCCCUGUGUCCGCGACCUCGCGGGCGACAACUCCCAGCAUGUCCGCGCGGCGCUCGGUAUGCACAUCUCGGGCCUGGCACCAUUGCUCGGCAAGGAGGCCACCAUCGAGCACCUGCUACCCUUGUUCCUCCAACUGCUCAAGGACGAGUUCCCAGACGUGCGUCUCAACAUUAUCUCCAAGUUGGAGCAAGUGAACGAGGUGAUCGGCAUCGACCUUCUGUCGCAGUCGCUGCUCCCCGCCAUCGUUGAGCUGGCAGAAGACAAGCAGUGGCGCGUUCGACAGGCCAUCAUCGAGUACAUUCCUUUGCUGGCCAAUCAGCUCGGCGUGCAGUUCUUCGACGAGCAGCUGAGCAACCUGUGCAUGUCGUGGCUCGGAGACACUGUUUUCAGCAUUCGCGAGGCUGCCACUGUCAACCUCAAGAAGCUGACGGACGUGUUUGGCGUCGAGUGGGCGAGACAGACCAUCAUCCCCAAGGUGCUGCAGAUGGGUACCCAUCCCAACUAUCUGUAUCGCAUGACGACCAUCUUUGCCAUCACCACGAUGGCGCCAUCGCUCGACACACCUGCCAUCACGGGAGACGUGCUGGAGACGGUGCUGCCCAUGGUGAGCGAUCCCAUCCCCAACAUUCGCUUCAACGUCGCCAAGGCGUUCGAGGUGUUGUCGAGCGUGCUGGUCAAGACGCCCGAGGGUAAGGAGGUGAUCAAGACCAAGAUCUCACCGGCGUUGGAGAAGUUGAAGGAGGACUCGGAUGCCGAUGUGCGAUUCUUUGCUCAGAAGGCGCUCGACGCCGCAGCCCAGUCGUAA